GGACGGGCUGUGCGGGUUAAAACGCUGGAAGCCGAGAGCGGAGCCGGACAAGUUUGGUGUUAACUUUUCGCAAGUCUUAACGUCGGAAAUUCGAGCUGAUUACGAAAUUCCGAAGAGGGCGUGAAGGAAAAGCGCAAAGUUCACUUUGGAUGGAGACUGACCCACUCCUCGGGCGCCGACGCUCAUCCUGGUGCAAUUUAGGAAGCGGGGAGAGUCGCAGGUCGGAUUCCUCGGGACCCCGGAGCAGCAGCAGCCGCAACAACAGUGGCAGCAGCAGCUGUACUACUCAGCUAGAUGAUUUGUAUAUUCAGCAAGCUGCUGUGUUUAUUGAAGAUGCAAUACAGUAUCGUACCAUAAAUCAUCGAGUAGAUUCCCGGUCCUUACGACUUUAUCGAUGGUACUACUCGGAGGCUUGUCAAUGGGUUUUGAACACUGCUAUUUUUGUGAUUUUGGCCUUGGCCUUUUUUGAAAAACCUUCAUCUUUGAGUGUUACAUCUGACCCCCGAUUCCGCCAUGUACUUUGGGAGCCACCUUGUGGAUUGACUGAAGGCAUUGAAGCAACUUGUCUUCUCUUAUUCAUUGUUGAUGUAGUGAUAAAGAGCUAUUUAAUAGGAUGGGAAGAAUUCCAAAAGUCAAAAUGGCUGAUUGCCUAUACUCUUGUACUUGCUGCUUCCAUUGUGGAUUGGAUUGUGUCUCUAUCCUUGCUUUGUGAGGAGGAAAUAAGAGUUAGAAGAAUUUUGCGGCCAUUCUUUCUCCUUCAGAACUCAUCGCUGAUGAAAAAGGCGUUUAAAUGCCUCCGACAAACAAUACCACAAAUCACAAGUGUUAUGCUGCUUUUAGUCCUGCACCUGUUGCUGUUCACUAUGAUUGCCAUGCUGCUAUUCACUCGAGACCAGACUGAAGACGAUAAUGAAUGGAAAACCUAUUUUCGGAAUUUUCCAGAGUCUUUGACCUCAUUACUAGUGCUGCUAACAACAGCCAACAACCCUGAUGUGAUGAUCCCAGCUUAUUCAAGAAGUCGAGCCUAUUCUCUGUUCUUCAUUACCUUUAGUCUGAUUGGGACAUACUUGUUAAUGAAUUUAGUGACUGCUAUUAUAUACAACCAAUUUCGUGGAUAUUUACUUAGUUCAAUUCAAACAUCAGUCAUCCGACGAUGCUUGGGAAUUCGAGGGGCAUUUGAGGUACUUUGCUGUGAGCAUCCAACCAAAGCUGGAAGAAGUGAUUCCUUUCGAGUGACUGUAAGUACCAACACAGUGCUGCAAGUCCUGCUGAAAGUAAAAAUGUCUUCAGCGCACAAGCAAGGAAUAAUUAAGCAAGCAAAGGCAUUUACUCAUGACUGUGUUACUGCAGAGCAAUUUCGAGCCCUCUUUGAUGAACUGCACAAGGAGGUGGUGAAGGAGUACCCACCAAAACCAGCAUACCGAUCAUUAUUCUUGCAAAAGCUCCAGACUGUCUUCAGCCAUCGCUUUGCAGAUUAUGUCGGGAACCUAAUGGUUGCAGUGCACUUGAUUUGCAUUUUUGUUGCUUUGGUACAUGAUGCAGAGACGCCCAUUUCUAAACGUGAUGGGUUCUUUUCUGGGGUUGUAAAUGGUUUCUUUGUCUUAUACUACCUAUUGGAAAUGGCAUUGAAAAUCUUUGCUUUAGGCAUUAAAGGCUAUUUUUCAUAUAAAAGCAACUUAUUUGAUGGACUUCUAACUCUAAUAUUACUGAUUCUGCAACUAUCAUCACUUAUACAGUAUGGCCUGCCUCACCCAGGAUGGAAUCCAGAAUUACAUGGAUUACUCUCCGUUUGGGAAACCGUUCGGCUGGCAAAUAUUCUCGUUGUUUUCCGAUUCCUUCGGAUAAUUCCUAACAUUAAGUUGAUGGCUUUAGUUGCUAGUGGCCUAUUUGAUCUAAUUAAGAAUUUGCGAGCUUUUGCUGGAAUCCUUGUGGUGGCAUACUAUGUUUUUGCAAUCGUUGGCGUAGUAUUGUUUAAAGACAAAAUUCCAGCUCCCCAGGACUCAACAAAUGCAAGUCUGAAUGCAAGCAUUUCACUAGAGAAUAAAACACUUCAGUGUGGUACCUAUGAACAGCUGGGUUAUUGGCCCAACAACUUUAAUGACUUUGCUGCUGCUUUGGUCACUCUUUGGGAUCUAAUGGUGGUAAACAACUGGCAGGUUUUCCUGGACGCCUUUUCAAGAUAUGUAAGCCCGUGGUCCAAACUCUAUUUUGUAGCUUGGUGGCUGGUGUCCUCUGUCAUUUGGGUUAACCUCUUUGUGGCUUUCAUUCUUGAGAACUUUAUUCACAAAUGGGAUCGCAGCUACCAUCCAUCCUUCUCUGAUCAGGAGUCAGAGUAUCAGAUGAGCGUGCAGGAUAUGUUCAGAGGUGACCUAGAGGAACCAACUGAAGAAGAUUUGUUGGAGAGACUGCGACAGCAUCCACACCUUCAUCUACCCAAAGGGCCCGUUUAGUUACGUCUGUGUAGAACACAAAUGUUUUGGUGACACGUGACUCCUCAUCCGGGUCAUGCAAUGUGAGGGUGCCUCAGUGGGUUUGAACGUUCUCCUUGAAACAAAACAGUUUGCUGACCUUUAGCAAUUAUUUUGUCUCAAGAUACGCAAGAACAGGAAAUAAAUUGAAGCUGCCAAUGAGCACUUAGUAAUGGACCAGAAAUUUCUUUGCCAUGUACACCUGCAUUGUGUAUACAUACACUGUUUAACUGGGAUUUAUUUUAAAUUUUACUGUUUUCCACUCCAACUUUUAAUACUGACAUUCCUUUUUCAGAUGUUUUGGAAAAGUACUUAAAUCUUUUGAACAAAGUUGGGAAAAUCAUAGCACAUAUUUACAAACUUGAACAUUCACUUAGAGCAUUGAAUUCAAACUGUCCACAUUUUAUUACAUAUGCUUCACUUUUACAGAUCCAGUUGUUUUUUUUGGAUGCUUACUAGUUAAGAAACAAGUUACAAACUACAGCACUGAAGUUGGUGAGAUUAUUCCUGUAAUCAUUAAUGAAUACAUUCUGCACAAUCCCAGGAACCUGUUUGUUAGCUUCUACCCUAUAGAUAAUCUUUAUGAAAGUGCAUUAUUUGAAGUUGCUUGAUGUUUGUUUUUUUUUUUUAAAGCUUGGUCAGUGGAAAAAUAAAUAAAUUAUUUUGUAUGAUGUGAAUUAAAGGCUAUUAUUUUUUCUAAA